ACAUCAAGCAGUGGAGAGAAAGAGACAGAUACAUAUAAUAGAGAGAGAGAGAGAGAGAGAGAGAGAGAGAGAGAGAGAUGAAGGGUUGUGAGAGUGUUAGCAACGUCGUUCCUUCCUUGAUCACAGCUUUGGUGGUGCUGUGGCUGAGCAUGGGGGUUUGCAGAUCACAGCUGAGCACGAAUUUCUACGCAAACAGUUGCCCCGCCGUGUUCAGGGUGGUCCGCCGCCAGCUUUUGAGUGCUCUCAGGAACGACACCAGGAUGGCAGCUUCACUGCUGAGGCUCCACUUCCAUGAUUGCUUUGUGAACGGAUGUGAUGGUUCAGUUCUUCUUGAUGGGAGUGACAGCGAGAAGCUUGCCCUUCCCAAUCGGAACUCUGCGAGGGGUUUUGAUGUCAUCGACACCAUAAAGACUGCAGUGGAGAACGCAUGCAAUGCAACUGUGUCUUGUGCAGAUAUACUUACUAUAGCAGCUAGAGACUCGGUGUAUUUGAGUGGAGGGCCUUAUUGGAACGUUCUUCUGGGAAGAAGGGAUGGGUUGGUAGCGAACCAGACUGGAGCUAAUGACCUUCCUUCUCCCUUCGACUCCAUCGACACCAUCAUCGACAAGUUUGUUGCUGUUGGUCUCAACACCACCGACGUGGUCUCUUUAUCAGGCGGCCACACGAUCGGCCGAGCUCGAUGCGUGACCUUCAGCGGCCGCUUGUAUGACUUCUCCGAGGACUCCUCCGUGGACCCAACGCUGGACCCGAGCAUGGCGACGGAGCUGCAAACCCUCUGCCCACAGAGCGGCGGCGACGGGAACGCGACCGCCCCCCUCGACCGCAACUCCAACUACGCCUUCGACAACCACUACUUCAAGAACCUGGUGGAGCAGAAGGGCCUGCUGUCGUCCGACCAGGGUCUCUUCUCGAGCGACGAGGGCCAGGCGGCGACGAAGGCGCUCGUGCAGGCGUACAGCAACAGCAGCAUCCUCUUCUUCAGGGACUUCGUCAACUCCAUGAUCAAGAUGGGGAACAUAAGCCCCCUCACCUCCUCUGCCGGAGAGAUCCGUCGGAACUGCAGGGUUGUCAACUAGUCAUUCGUAGAGCAAGAUGACAAGCUUCUUACUAUAUAUAUAUAUAUAUAUAUAUAUAUAUAUAUGGGGCUGUGAUU